UUGUUGGUUGAAGCCUCUGACAGAUAGAACCAUAACAAAAUAAUUAAAAAACCCACACUUUGUUCACAUGUACAUCACAUUGACACAUAAUUCCAAAUUAACUAUUCUUUUCUCCCAACUUUUGUCUCCUUCCAUGAUAUUUUGCAUAUAUAAAACAACCAGCUUAAAGAAUGAUUCAUGAACAUAACCUGUUUUGUAAAAGGAAAAAAAAAAUGAACCUUUCAACAAUUCGAACAAUGGCUGCUCUUUCCCCAAGGUCUCAUUCUCAUAACUCUUACCGUACCCGUUGUGUUAGUUUUCCUGCUAGAUCACACCCCAGCACAAUCAAGAUUGAGCAAGUUUUGAACAAAAUCAAAACUUGGGAAUCAUCUUCUCCUUUAUCUCCAAAAGCAGAAGAAAAAACCCAAAAUGCCCUGUCAAGCGGCCUUGUAGAAUUGUACGAGUGUAUAGAGGAACUCCUUGCGUUGCCAAUGACUCAGAGGGCGCUUCUCCAGCAUCAAGAUGACAAUUUUGUGAAGGAAUUGCUGGAAAGAUCAGUGAGAUUCAUAGAUAUCUGUAGCAAUACAAGGGAUACCGUUAUGUGUUUGAAAGAAAGCGUGAGAGAACUACAAUCCGCGCUUCGAAGAAGCAAAGCUGGAGAUGAUUUAUUGACUAUUGAGGGUAGUGUUAGUGCUUAUAUUUCUUCAAGAAAAAACGCUCAAAAGGAAAUUGAAAAAUCCCUUACUAUACUGAAACAGAUACAUAACACCCCAUCAGCCACAAUGAAAGACUCUCAGCUCUCUGCUAUAAUAAGAGUUCUUGAAGAUGCCAGUUUCACAACUAUUUCUACUUUCCAGUCAUUGCUGAUGUUUCUUUAUGUGCCAGCCUCGAAACCAAAGUCCAAUAAAUGGUCAUUGGUUUCGAAGCUAGUACAUAAAGGGGUUGUAGGCAGUGAAGGGCAAAGGGAAAAGCUAACUGAGUUGGAGAAAGUUGACACUGCACUCAACAGCUUGCUGGAUCAUGUUUCUGGACAUGAAGAGGAAGUGGAAAGUUUUGAAUUUGCACAAAAGAAUCUGGAGAAUUUGGAGAGUAGCAUUGAGGAUCUUGAAAAUGGAUUGGAAAUGUUGUUCAAGCUUUUGAUCCGGACAAGGGUGUCUCUACUCAACAUACUUUCUCUCAGUAGAUAAAUUGAGUUUUACAGAUUAGUGCCAAAAUUUUGCAGAGGUGCUAAUUCUGGCCAAGAUUAGUUAUUAUUUGGACUUGAGGCCCAAAGAAGUCCAAGAGUGUGUGCAAGUAACAUGUAGCUGUCAAUGGGCUGAUAUGAUAUGAGUAGGCCCAUUCAGUAUUUCAGUCCAUUAAGGGAUUUUAGCCCUUUCUUGUGUAUGUUCAUUCUGUACUAUAUAAUCCAUUAAUUAAUGGAUCUAAUUGCUCAUUGUGUAUGAAAUUUGUGAAUUUUUUUUUUGGAUGCUUCUUAAA